AUGGCAGACGCCCCAGUCGUCUUCAAGAAAACUAAGACCAAGAGUAGUCAACGAUCCCGUGUUUCUACUCCCGUUGUCGCCGACAGCACCGGCGAUGACCAGACUGCGGAUGUUGAAGAUGCGGAGUCGCCGAGUAUACUGGCCACCAAGCUAAAGAAGAAGUUGAAGACACGCGAGAAACCGAAGUCAAGACUCAGCUUUGGAGCUGAUGAGGAAGGAGAGGGUGAGGCAUUUCAGGUCAAGAAGUCUAAUCUCAGCAGGAAGCUGGCAUUGGGGCAACAUCCAGCAUCGGCAGGGAAUGUCAAGACUGCAUCUAUUGACCUCCCAUCGCCGUCUCGAUCCGAUUCAAGUGUCAGAUAUGACGCGGCAUACCUGAAACAACUCAAGGCCAGCACACCAAGCACUCGUCCGUCAAUGCCAGAGGGGGAUCUAUCUUAUGAUGCGGAUAUGUCAAUGGUUGAAGACUCACUCCCGCAGUCACAUAUGACUGGCAUUAUCGACCUUUCUGCUGAGGCGGAAUUGGAGACAACUAUCCCGUCUGCGUCUGCUGUGCAAGUUGCAAGAGAGAAGCGGGAGCGCUUGCGGACACUGGGGACAAGUAGCACUAGCGGGGACUACAUCUCGCUAUCUGUCUCGAAGGGAAGCGACUUUUCGCAAGGUCCACAUCCUGAGAGUCGGCUAGUGCGAGAGGAGGAUGAACUCGGAGAGGCAGACGAUGAAUACGCUGAGUACACUAGUGCGCAGGAGCGUAUCGCGCUUGGGAAGAAGUCGAGGAAAGUCGAGGCUAAGAAGCGACGUGAGGAAAUGAAUGAAUUGAUAGCUGAUGCAGAGGAAGUGGACGAAGAAACGAUGGAGUGGGAACAAGAACAGCUUCGCCGUGGUGGACUGCGCGUCAAUGAGCCUCCGGAGAGGGCGCCGAAACCGACAUACAAAGCUGCGCCCAUUCCUCCCAUCACCCCUAUACCGACAUUGGGUGCCGCAGUCGCUCGUCUGACAUCGUCGUUAACAGCACUCACCACAUCGCAUCAGCAGAAUACAGCUACGAUGACUUCGCUCGGCGACGAGCAGCUCAAGCUGGAAGCGCGAGAAGAAGAGAUGCGGGAGAUGAUCGCCGAGGCUGAGGAUAAACGCAGUUGGUUCGCCGCAUUUAGGGAAUGGGUAGAGAGUGUCGCUACUUUCCUGGACGAGAAAUACCCCGAGCUUGAGAAGCUCGAAGAUGAACAAGUCUAUCUCCUCAAGGAGCGAGCCGACAUGGUCGCGCAACGAAGGCGAGCAGAAGACGAGGACGAUCUCUCGCUUGUCUUGGGCACGUUGCCACAGGCGGCGCCAACAGGUGACGAAGUCGACGACCUCGGUCGUCUAGUUCCUCAUACCAACUCUGCAACUGCACGCCGCGCUCGUCUCGAUGAACGAGCGAAACGACGACUGCUCCGGCGAGCCGGUGGCAAGGCGCAGAGCAAUGAAGAGGAAGGCUAUUCGACGGACUCAUCGCUACCGCCGUCCGAUGCAGCCGACUACCAGACGGCGAUGAGCAGAUUGGUACGCGAUGGCAGAGCGAUCAUGUCUGAUGUGCAGGCGGAUGAGUUCAAAGACCCCAACCGGGGGUUGGGGAAGUGGUUCGGCGGGUGGCGCACGCGAUUUGGCGACAGCUACACUGGCGCAUGGGGCGGCUUGGGCAUGGUAGGCGCCUGGGAAUUCUGGGCUCGUCUCGAGAUUCUCGGUUGGAAUCCUCUGGAGGACGACAGGACGCUCGACAGCUUUUCGUGGUAUGACGCACUAUACCAGUAUUCUCGACCAAGUCAGUCUGCAGAUCAAGGUGAAGACGAAGAACCAGAGUUAGGUCCGGACGGUGACCUUGUGUCGGCGAUGAUCUCAACGGCAGUGAUCCCCCGCUUAUGCAAGUUGUUGGAGGGAGGGGCGUUUGACCCUUACUCCGCCACUGACGUGAGGAAACUCACAGACUUGGCAGAGCAGAUCGAGCUGUCCGUUGAGAGAAGUAACCUGAAGUUUGAGAUGUUGUUGAAGUCUGUCUUCACCGUGUUUCAAGGGGCAGUGACAUCGACCGAUUCAGUUGUCUCACCGUAUCUGGCGCUGAACCAGCCGCGAUUCGAUCCUGAAGCGAUUCCCGCACGCCGUCGAUUUUUGACGCGACGGUACAAACUGCUUCGAAACCUGCUUCAGUGGAGGAAGUACACGGGUGAGCAAUUUGGCCUCGGACAGCUGGCGCAGAACCUGGUAGACCAUGAUAUGUUACCUGUCGCCGAGGGUGGCUGGGAGGUCGGGGGAGAGGAGUACAUACGCAAGGUUGCUGGGCUGAUACCGAAUGAGCUCAUGCCGAUAUCGCUGAAGAAUAGUCUUGGAAUGUAA